AGCCAAAUUAACUCUGGGCGUUCCACAAACGUAGGCAAAAUAGUGCAAAAUCCGGGAAUUGGAUUAACUGUAAUGACUAUAAGAAUGUGUAAAUACGUGGGAGUGGCCAAAAGCAUGUGUAAAUAAGGGCGCGAAAUCGGAAAUCGAACUUGAGUGAAACAGGCUUUAUAUGAUUCACAGACAAUGCAGCAUGGAUCCUCCCGCAUUCCGAAACAGGAAGCCUUGCCAAAUGCCAUCUCCGGGCCCGAUUCCAGCAACUGGACUUCGCUGCACGAGGCAGUGGUCGCCGGGGAUGAUCGGCGGGUGGAGGGGCUCCUAUUCAGCAAUGCCGACCGCCUGGCCAAGGAAUCACUGCAAGGCAACACCCCGCUUCACGAAGCCGCUAGUCGGGGGUUCAGCCGGUGCGUGAAACUGAUCUGUGCACCACCACCGCCACCCACUGCCCCGGGAACGGGUGGCAAGGCGAUACGAGGGCAGAAAGACAAGGAAAAGGACAAAGAAAAGGACAAAAGCAAAGGCAGGGCCAAGGUGGCACAUCAGACCAUCGAAGCCCUACACAACAGCGCUUUGGGUAUUGCCAACAACGAGGGGCUGUCCGCUCUGCAUUUGGCUGCCCAAAAUGGACACAAUCAGAGCUCCAGGGAACUGCUAUUGGCGGGCGCAGAUCCCGAUGUGCAGAACAAUUAUGGCGAUACACCGCUCCAUACUGCCUGCAGAUAUGGACAUGCCGGGGUCACCAGAAUCCUACUCUCGGCUCUUUGUGACCCCAACAAAACCAACCUGAACGGCGACACCGCGCUGCACAUCACCUGCGCCAUGGGUCGCAGGAAACUCACAAGAAUACUCCUUGAAGCGGAUGCCCGCCUAGGGAUCAAGAACGCCCAAGGUGACUGUCCCAUGCACAUAGCAAUCAGGAAGAACUAUCGCGAGAUCAUCGAGAUCCUGAACACGCCCAAGAAGAUACGGAACCGGAAGGAGAAACAUAACGAGGGCGGAGGCAGCAGAUCGGACAAGGAGAAGGACCGCGACAGGGAUGUGGUCGACAAGGGGAUAAAUUGGUCGCCGUACGGAUGUCACUACUUUCCCGAUCCGCGUGCCUUUCCCUCGCCCAAGCUGGAGACUCUACCUAAGGAGCCGCUAAAGGCGGGAGAACAGUACUUCCUGGACUUGGCCGGUCAUAUCCACAAAGGUCCCGUUAGUGUGGGCAACACGUGCUAUUGCGGACCCUUUUUCCGACACAUCGAGAACAAGCUGAACUGCAACCGGAAGAGCCUCAAGAAGUAUGUCCACAAGACCAAGGAGCGACUGGGGCACAAGGUUCAAGCAUUGGCCAUCAAGACCAACGACCAGAUAGAACAGCUCACCAGAACGAUGAUCGAGGAUCGGCUGAGAUGCGAGAGCAAGCGGCAGCACCUCAGUGAGUUCCUACGCCGGGGCGAACCCAUGCGAUCCACAUUUGACCAGCAGAAUAAAAGCUCGCGAAUCGAAAGGACACUCUCCAGGUGCCGGAGUCUGGAGCUCUUGGAAAGCAACCACGAAGGCGGCAGGCUCACCAACUCCCGGAGUGUAGAUAUACUCGAAGACCAGGCAGUGGAGGCCCUAGUACACCGAUCCGCAGAGCCUCCUCUGGAGAGCGACAGCGAAGAGGAUUCUAAUGCAGCUGGUCAGGAGGAUGAGGAGGAGGAGGAAGAAGACGAAGAGCCGGUUCCGGAUCAGGGAGAGCCGCAGGAUCAAGUUGACCAACUGGAGCACUCGAAACUGGAUGAGCUAAAGCUGGAUUUCCUAAAGGUAUCCAAACGUCUGGGCGUACUCCUUGAGAAAACCACCUUGAUAAUGGAAAGGGAUAGUGAGCAGGAAAAUAAGCACCAGCUAUCAUCCCUAUCCCCGCCCUACAAGCCAGAGCCCAGAGCCGAGUCCGCUCAACUCCGGGGAGAUAAAGAGAGCGUAAAUAGUCCAAGCUUUGACGAGUACACUCAUAUCAUGCGGCGCUACCCGAACUCCAGCGAGACCUCCAAUCCCUCCCAGAACUCCAACAGUUGGGACUGGGAAAACUCGCCCACGGGCAGCAAUCCUCCGCCAGAGUACCAUAAAUAUUAUCAACGCAUUGGCAGGGGAGAGAACAUGCUGAACUCCGUGAUAAAGGCCCUGCGGAAAGACGCCUCCUUUGCGGAUCUGGGAAAGGAGGAGGCUGCCGUUAAUGAAAGCGCCGAGAGAUUAGGCGGCGAUAAGUUGCUCUACAAGGAGCAGCAGGCCUGCGAAUCAGCUGGCAUCUCCAACCUGAUUAAGCGGCAGCCACUGUGCUUGGAUGACAACUAUCCCGUCAUGUCGAACCUGUUUUACUCAAACCCCAUCAUGGAGUACGUCGAGGAACCGGAAGUGCGACCCAAUGGCAGCGAGCACGGGAACAAGGUGGAGAUCAGGAACAGUGAGAUCAAGUGCCUGAAAAAACCGAAUGCCGGCCAAGUGCGCGACAUGGUGGCCCAACUGCAGAACACCAUUGAUUCCAAUCGGCAGGACUCCCAAGUGGCCAAUGUGAUCGCAGCAAGAUCCCUUUCCCGCUUGAACAAUAAUAACUUCCAGCACAUUGAGGCCACCUCCUCCAAUCCCUCGCCCACUUACAGUAUCCCGCACAGAAAUGCUGCUGCUGUCCCGCAGUUCGGCCUGCCCGAGAGGCACAUACCCAAAGACGCCUACUUUCAUGAACUACCCCACCGCCCGCAGAAUCCACCCAAUCCGCAAAGAAGAAUCCACACCGGCUACGCACCAAAUGCGAAUUUCUAUCGCAACGAAGACCUCUACGUGGAACGAGUUCCCCAACCGCAUCCUGCCCUGCGGCAGGGUGCGUCCGCCUACAGGCCCAUUCAGUCGCCCACCUUCCAGGCCAUUGUUCCGCCCCAUUCUAAUCCUCAUCCUAGAAACUGGCCGCAUCCCAACCUUCCAAUAUCGAACGAUAUCGAUCUUGAUGAGGUGUCAGCCGUUGGGCUUUACAAUAACGUCUCGAGUCUGGUUUGAGCCGCCCCCAAGUGUUCCCAUUGUACAUAGAUACUCCUAAUAUAUUUAUCUUAUUCCUAAUCAUGUUCGAAACUAAAGCAAAAGUUAAUUUAUUUCCAAUUGAA